UUCUACCAGAGCCGUGGAAAGGUUCUGAAGCUCGUGUACUUUCAGAGUGAAGACUUCGAUGCCUUCACUGAGUGGUGUUCAGUGGAAACAUGCACCGAGGACCUACUUAUCCUCUGGAAGAAGUGGGAUGCUGCCGAUGCAUUGUGCUCCCUGCACCUGAGGCCUCCUCAAGCUCGGCAUCCCAUCAAGGGACAGCGGGCGGGGUAG